UUUAUAUAUUUGUGAUAUUAUUAUUUAAAUUUUUUCAUUAAAAAACAUAUUUUUACAAACUUCGUAUCCUUCGUAUUGUUCCGCCUUCGUAUUGCCAGAACCACGCACGCAUGCGUGAGAUUAUAACAACAAUUCAAACCAAUUUGAAUAUAGGUUAGAAUUUGUUACUCUUUUUUUUAAUUAUGGAUUUACAGUGUAUAAAUACAAUUGAUUGUAAACAAGGAGCUGUAAGAGCAGUGAGAUUCAAUGUUGAUGGAUCAUACUGUUUAACCUGUGGUUCAGAUAAGAAGAUAAAAUUAUGGAAUCCAUAUCGGGGACUGAUGUUGAAAAUUUAUGGAGGACAUGGGAAUGAGGUCCUUGAUGCAGCUGGUUCAAAUGACAACAGCCAAAUUAUAUCAGGAUCAGCUGAUAAAUCUGUGAUAACCUGGGAUGUUUCAACUGGUGCUCCAUUAAGAAGGCUUAGAGGUCAUGCAUCAGGUAUUACUUGUGUAAAAUAUAAUGAGGAAUCCAGUGUCGGAAUAUCUGGAAGUUUGGAUAAUACUGUGAUGAUUUGGGACCUGAAAUCAAGAAGGCAAGAACCAGUUCAGAUAUUGAAUCAGGCAAAGGAUUGUAUAAACUCCAUACAAGUUACAGAUCACGAGAUUUUAACUGGAUCUGUUGAUUGUUCAAUUAGACGAUAUGACAUCAGGAAUCGAAAAUUACAUUCAGACUUCAUUGGAGCACCAAUUAUGUCAGUAAAUUAUACUAGUGAUGGUCAAUGUAUAGUAGUUGGCUCAUCGGAUGAUACUGUAAGAUUAAUAGAUAAAAAUACGGGAGAAAUGUUAGGAGAGUAUUUAGGACAUAAAACAGAGGACCUUAAUGUGGAAAGUGCAUUAUUAGCAAGUGAUAAUCAUAUUCUAUCAGGGUCUGUAACUGGAGAGCUCUGGUGCUGGGAUUUAGUGUCUGGGAAGGUCGUAAAGCGCUUUGAACAUACAAUUAAAAAAGUUUUAAAUUCUGUAAGUACACAUCCUGUGAAAGAUGUAGUGCUUACAGCUUCAGUAAAUACUAUUAAGUUAUGGGAAGUAUCUGAGAUUAAAGAAGAUUCUUGAAGGAAACAUGUAUUAAUUUAUAAUUACCUGAAUUCAUAUCAGAGCUUCUCAACCUUUUAGCCGCUCGACCCUACAUAUUUGUUUUCUGCAACCUAGUUCUAAG